UGCUGCCAUGCCCUCAUCAGCAACGCCAACCAUGACUUCAGCAAUCUGUCCGUCAGCGAUGACAGCAGCUUUGACCGCAUCUUUACCGAGAUCCCUGAAACUGAGACCAUCAAGGGUGUGUACUACCAGAGGGCUCAGUUCAUUCGUCGGCCAGAGGAGCUGGUAUCCAUCGACCACGGCUUGCUGGCAGUCAUAAAUGUAGGGGGAAACCGCUACACCUUUCCCUGGAGCACCCUGGAGCAAUUCCCUCUCACACGACUUGGCCGCCUCUGCGGCUGCCGUUCACCUGAGGACAUCGCCAAAGUCUGUGACGACUACGACGAAGCACGCAAGGAGUUCUUCUUUGACCGCUCGCCAUCUGCCUUCAGGGUUAUCCUCAACUUUUUGGCUGCAGGGAAACUCCGUCUGCUGCGGGAGAUGUGCAUCCUCUCCCUGCACGACGAGCUGACCUACUGGGGUGUGGAGAUGGCCUACAUGGAACGCUGCUGCAAGAGGAAGAUGUACACGCGCAUGGAGGAAGUGCAGAACAGGAGCGGCCGCGAGGAGGAGCGUAGGCAGAGAAACGCCAUGCAGCGUGUGAUUGUGGAGGAGACGAGGUACCGCACAAGUGAUGAAGGCCUGAGAGAUAUGGUGGAGAAUCCUCAAUCUGGUUUGCCGGGCAAGAUCUUCGCCUGCAUGUCAGUGAUCAUGGUUGCCGUCACUGUUGUCAGCUUGUGCAUCAGCACCAUGCCAGACCUCAGAGAGGAAGAAGACAGGGGUGAAUGCUCCUCCAAAUGCUACCACAUGUUCAUCAUUGAGACGGUGUGUGUCGCCUGGUUCUCUCUGGAGUUUGUGCUGAGGUUCAUUCAAGCUCGCAGCAAGCUGGACUUCCUCCGUGGCCCACUGAACAUCAUUGAUGCGAUGGCCAUCCUGCCCUACUAUGUCUCCCUGGUGGUGACAGAGGAGGAUCAGGCUCUAGACCACGAGAGGCCUGGAGGAGGUAAGGGGUACUUGGACAAGCUGGGCCUGGUGCUGAGGAUCCUGCGGGCUCUGAGGAUUCUCUAUGUGAUGAGACUGGCACGCCACUCUCUUGGCCUGCAGACGCUGGGGCUAACGGUCAGACGCAGCACCCGCGAGUUUGGCCUCCUCCUGCUUUUCCUUUGCGUGGCUGUCACCCUCUUCUCUCCACUGGUCCACCUGGCUGAGAGUGAGCUCACAGGUGCCCAUGACUUCAGCAGCAUCCCUGCAUCCUACUGGUGGGCUAUUAUCUCCAUGACGACAGUAGGCUACGGCGACAUGGUGCCUCGAUCCAUUCCAGGGCAGGUUGUAGCUCUCAGCAGCAUCCUCAGUGGGAUCCUCAUCAUGGCCUUCCCUGCUACCUCCAUCUUCCACAUGUUCUCCCGCUCCUACCAAGAGCUCAAGAUGGAGCAUGACCGACUAAUGAAAGAGGAAUGUGCCGCUGCCGCUGCCGCUGCCUCAGCAGAGCUGCAAGAGGUGGCAGCAGGAGUGGGAAGUGAAGGAGGAAUGGGGGAUUUAGCUUCACCCAAUCUGGGUGUAGGUUUGGAUAAGGAUUGCACACACUCAUCUCUGGCCCUGUUAGGGAAAGGUGGCAAAGUUGCAGCAAAUAACCAUAACCUGCCAGCAACAGCUUUCUAAAUGAAACAACACAACGUUAGUCAGCCCUUAAUUGAAAAUAAACCCUGAAUGUUUGUGUGGAAUACAGUAUAAAUACUUCAGACCUGACUGAAUGUCCCCUCCAAAAGGUCUCGCAACUCAUUUCACUGCAAAAACAUCUGCAUUUGGCGCUGGCUAACAGGACAUUAAAUAAACUGCAUUUCUUUGCUGUGAGUUUCUGCUGACAGAGUAAAGCUGUGUGCCUGAAUGAUAGGUGCUCACCUCUAGAUGACAACUGAACUGAAAGACUUCUAAAAGCCCUUUAAUUACGAAGGUCUACCUUGUCUGACCACUAACUGAGAAGAAGACCUCCGCAGCAAUAUUAGUAAAUGGCUGCUUCCAUAAACAUGCAAUAUUCAAUCCAAAGUUGCUUUUCCUCCCACUGUGAAAGUAAUUACAACCCCAGACACGACUUUCACUUACCUGCAGUAUGACAUCAUGUAUCAUGCUGUACGUUUAUGCCAUGAAUUUUAACAAGUGCUCCUCUAUUAUUUUUGAAGAUUAAAGCCAUGUUCUGAGAAGAAAUACUAAAGAAAUGAUUGUUUUCAAUCCAACAAGACGUCUCUCUCUCUCUCUCUCUCUCUCUCUCUCUCUCUCUCUCUCUCUCUCUCUCUCUCUCUCU